ACUGGAAGUUUUGAAAUUAUUUCCACCUAUCAUUGUCAUCAGUGUGUGAGUUUUAAUCAAAACCCUCUCGUAAUGUGGUUCACGGAAUGGAUGAACCUGCUGGUGCUGCUUGCUUUUUUCUCCACGCUGUGCUGUGGGGAAGAGGAAGGAGUGACGAUCGAAGUUGUCUACAAACCAGAAGGAUGCACUCGUAAAACAAAGGAUGGUGACCUUCUAGCAAUGGACUACACAGGCCGCCUUGAGAAAGAUGGUUCAGUGUUUGACUCCAGUCACAAACGCCAACAAACCUUUGAUUUCACCAUGGGGAAAGGCCAGGUUAUCCAAGGUUGGGAGGAAGGACUCAAGGAUAUGUGUGUUGGGGAGAAAAGAAAACUUAGGGUUCCAGCACAUCUAGGCUAUGGAGACCGAGGAGCUGGUGAUGUGAUACCUCCAGGGGCCAAUCUGCUGUUUGAUGUUGAACUAAAAGAAAUAAAAAAUGAUGGAGAGGUAGAGUCUGAGGCUUACCCUAAUGUGUUUAACAUGAUUGAUGCAGACAAGAAUAAGGAACUUAGCAUAGAAGAAGUAAAACAGUAUCUGAAGGAACAGAAUGGUUAUCCAAAUGAGGAUGAGAACCAACAUGAAACCAUUGUAUCAGAAAUAUUUGAGCACGAAGACAAGGAUAAAGAUGGUGUUAUUUCCCAUGAAGAAUUUAGUGGCCCAAAACAGGAUCAUGUGGAACUAUAGGCAAAAUAUUUUUUUACAUUACAGUAAGCUGACCUUCUGUUAUAACCAGUUCAAGAAGGCUCUGCCAAUCAUUGUCUACUGGAAUACAUGAAAAAUUUAGUUUUUUCUUUCAGUUUUGAAGUAUUGCUAAGAUAUAUGAAUAAAAUGGGUCAUUAUUUUGA